AUUAUGCUAGCUGCUUUGCCUGCCAGGCGUAUAUUGUGCCGGGUGGCGUUGUAAAUGCGUGGCUGCCACUGUUCUCCAAGCUACGCCCGAUACAUCCUCUCCUUCGAUCGUUCGACACUUUCAUUUUCAAACCUCUCCGCCGCGAGUUCGAGCUGACAGAUCGCGAGAUCCUCUCGAUUUCCAAGUGUAAAUUUGGUGAAAAAUGAAAAUUCGUGUUGAAAGUUUCAACUUUCUUUUCCAUAUUUUUAUAUAUUUGCAAACGACUAUUGAUUCUCGAGUUAAAAAUGUGCAAUAGGUGAACGAUCGUAUCGAACAAAUUUUCAACAAACGUAUUGAUAAAUUUUCAUCGCGUUAAUUAUAUAUUCAAGUGGAUGAACGUGACGAUACAGAAUAAGAGAAUCGGUGUUUUUACAGUCGUGAAGAUCAACAACGAUUACAGUUUUUCCCGCCGUUGGUGUUAGGUGUUCCUUAUCCUUCGUCUUUCUAAUUAAACCCGACAACCCUACCGUAAAUACGCGACAUUUAAUUUAACGCCAAGCAUGACCGUAAAUUCCGGCCUGGAAUUCUCGGUAUCGCGUAUCCCUCGAGGUUCACCGGCGAAGCUGUAAAAGUUUUCCAAGGGGGACACGUCCGGGAAUCAGGGCUGCAAGCGAUGCUGCUUACGCGGUAAAAUGCGUUUCAGGAGAAUCUGCGUAGAUACUCGAGAUUUUACUCGUUUCCCAACGAGCCGAGUCGUCGUCUGAAUUCGAACAACGUUCCGGAGUUUCAAUCACGUCAUCGACGCGAGUAUCGAUGAUCUAUGUCCGUCAGAGAAGAAAGGACAUCCACGGUGAAUCGUAGAGGGACGUUUCUGAGGAUUAUUUAAAUCUGUCGGGAAAGGGUGAUUUAUGUCAUUGCCAGGGCCAUGCCUCUCAGAUCGGAAGCUUCCUCUUCGAGGGACACCCUUAACACCGUCACCACUUCGGACGAACGACGUCGAACCGGAAGAUACGUCGCCGGUGGGGCUGUGUUAGCAAUCAUGUUGCUUUCCGUACACCAUGCACUUCUGCGGGACGCGUCCACCGUAACCGGUGUCUGCAUACCUGCCAUAAUAAUGGUGUUCUACAUCGUCUGGAUUCUGUAUUCCGCCCACCGGGAUAGACGAAAGGCGUUGAGAUUCACGAGAGCGAUGCAGCUGACGGAAGUGAUCAGCAUGCCAGCCGAUAGUCACGAGAAGAUAUGCAAAAAUGGGAAGAGCAAGAAGGAAGUACGCAAGUCUGAAUGUCCGAAAUUAGCUUAUGGCACGCGAGAAUCCCGUGAGAAUCCCGCGUUCUCCUCGAAAGACGAAACCUCGUGAAAAAAGAACUGUUGUUCACCCUGGAAUUCGUCUGGCAUUCUAGUGUUCAACUUUCCUCCCGAUUGUUCCUCUUUUUUAUACCAGACACCACGAGGCCUCGUGAGAAAAUCUUUUCCUUAUUUUUUUCCUUGUUUUUUCUAUACAUCAGCAACGUUGUUACGUUUUGUACGAAUAAUAAAUACAGCCUCGUUCACGGUUAUAUUAAUAUUCACACGUUCGAAGUACCAACGGGCGGGCAGAAUUUACGAGACGAAAUUAUUUGUUUAUUCGGCAUCGAGGAUUAUUUGUUCCGUGUGAUGCAACGAAAACGGGCGCAGUUUUCGUGCGUGCGUUCCGCGCCCGGCCCCGUAUUUUCCGAAUAAAUCUGUUUAACGGCGAGAUAAAUCGCGCGGCUGCUUCGAAUUUAUUUCGAACGAUCGCGGGGACAAAUCGCGCCCGGCCAUUCGGUCGGCGCCGGUGGUGACUUUCGUCGCGGGCCAAUUUCCAGGGGUUGCUCUUUUGAUUCGAUUCGAUUCGAACAAGUUUGCCAGACCGCGCGAUUUUUCUCGCCCCGUGCGUUCUGCUCGAACGUUUAACAGCGAGCCGCGACGCAGAAGCUGGAGGCAAGCACGUUUCCCAUGGCUUCUUCGUCAUCUUUUAUUUAGCACCUCGGCGGCUCGUAAAUUGCGGUUAUAAAGACUUGUGCGGAAUAUUACUUGUAAAAUACGUAGCGUGUUUAAUGCGAUUCAACGAACGCCUCGUUACCCUAUCCCUGAGGGUAAUCGAGAAAAUUGGAGAAUGUCGCGUCGUGGAAGAAGAAUGUUUUCAAUAAAAUUCUACUUAAAUCAAA